CCCCCUCCGCACUACUCCCGUCCGCUCACCGUGUUUCCCUAGAGGGCGGUCGGCGGUCCCGUUUUGAGAGAAAGGUUAUCAAGCAAAAAGUUGCACUAUUACGAAAGAAGAAAUAAAUUAUCUACUAACGUCUCGAAAAUUAGUUUUUAUUAUUUCGUUGGUGCAAAACUUUUUGUGAUAAGUGAAGCUUCAUGGGCAAACGAUUUAUUUACAAGUGUAUUGAUGGCAUAUCUGAUACAUUCAACGCCAAAAUAGUUGUGUGACAUACUAUUUUUUUAAAAAUAUGCUUCAAUUGGAUAAACUGUAUAACUGUAUUUGUCUGCAGUUUAUUAAUCUACCCACCACUAGUGAAUUGCAGAAGGGUAUAUAAUCAAGUGUUUGUCAAGUUUGAAAUGUUAUUUUAUUAGAUUAAGUAUAUCACAGUAUUUGACUUAGUCCUGCUGUCAGAAUUUUUUUGCACGAGUGUUGUUGAAGUUUGUUUAAAAAAUUAACUAACAAUGGCGGCAAUGAGAAAUUUUUUGCAAAGGGAAAUUUUCAACCUCAGCGACGAAAAGAUACUCAGUAUCUGUCGUGUCAGCAAGGCCUACAAAAAGAAAAAGAUGAGCUUUCUCUGCCUUGUCUCGACAACUGAUACCCCAGAGACUCUGAUUUUAUAUCAGGUGAAGAGCAGCAGUGAUAAAAGUCCAUUCAAGAAAAAACAAUCCUGGCAUUUGUCAGACAUCAGCAGAAUCGAUGGAAUUGGUGGAGACUCUAUGGACCUUGAAUUACACAUUGACAAAAUUUAUAAGUGGUCAGCUACAAAUGCACUGGAAAGGAGAAACUUUAUUCACAAUCUCUGCACAUAUUCUUAUAGUUUGCCUCAAAGGCCUGAGUUUAAAAAUAUUCCUAAGGAGUGGUUGUCAGUAGAACAAACCAGCAUCGCUCCUAGUGACAACAUUGCUCCUGAUUUUAUGCAACCGCCUAUAAACCUUUUAUCAACCUCAUACCAACCAAUAACUGAAAAAGAAACGACAGAUUUGGCGACACUGAUGGAAAACUGUUAUUACGCUGUUUCAAAUGCAGAAUUAUUCAUGGAAACAUUAGCCAAAGACUUAUCUGUACUCGAUGGUGAAAAUAUACAAUCAGUUCUUGCUUCUGAGCCGCAAGUGACUCAGUUAAUGAACGGCAUUACAGCAGCAAUCAGUGAAGCAUCUGUAGUUGAAACGCAAUUAACUGCUUAUGAUGAAGCAUUGGGAAGAAUUAGAGAAGCAAUGGAUCGUGUGGCCCAAAAAAAUCAAGCUAUUCAUGUUGCCAAUCGGAAUUCUAGAUUACUUUUAGAGCAGCUAGAAGUUGUAAUUACGCAGCUUACUGUCACUCCUGAGCAUCAAAAAAUAUUAAGCGAAGCAGAACUCCCGGGUCACAAAGAUGAAUUGGCAGAAGCUGGUGCCGAUCUGCUGAAAGCAAUUUCUUUUCCUUUGCCUCUUGGCUUGGAUAAAUUAAGUGCUGUAGCCGAGCAACGAAAGAAGUUGGACAAAUUAAGAGCGAAAUUUUCCUUACUACUGGCUAGACAUCUAAAUAAUUUAUUUAUUCACUUGGGUAAUGAUAGUAGUGAAGCGCCACAGUCGAACAUUACUUCAGCAACAUCGUCAGACAGUGCAUCAAAUGAUUUUAAGUUAUCAACGCACCAGUCUAUACAAAAAGAAUUAGAACCAUAUACUGAACUCAUGAAAUUACUAAGGGCACUAGACCCUAAAGCUUUCACGCAACUGACGAAAGUUUAUACGAAAACUAUGGGUACUCUGUAUCAAAGAGAUUUCAAAUACUUUUUUGAUGAAGCUAAAGACCGCCUUAUUGCCAAGCGUCUUCAACACCAACACCACCCCCACCUAAUGAGCAAAUCAAUGAGCGGAGCAUUGCCAAAAGGAGAUAUGGAAACAUUGAUUUCAUCAUUAAUACCUCCAAUUUGCCUUCUUAGUUACGAACAAUGGACUCCACAGGGAGAAGGAGCUUUGUUGGAUUCAGUAUUAGAUAACGUGCUUUCGCAAUUGCAACCAGUUUGCCUUGCCGAGCAAGCUUUUUGUACUUCCUUUCUUCAUCUCGAUACUUUGUCAACGACAAAAACUAUCAAAGAUGAAACGGGUAGCUGCAGCAGUGGAAAUAGCGGAGAAGACCACAAUGUAGCAUCGAGUCCUGGUUCAGCUAACAUGAACGACAUUACGAAAUUAGAACGUCAAGUUAACGAACAAGUUCGGGCUACAAUGGCCGCUAUAUUUCCGACUUUAGAAACAGAACUGAACAGUUUCAUAACUUUCCUUGAAAAAAUAGAUACAUUUUGGUGCAUGUACGUAUUGGUGCGUUUGUCUCAGCACGUCAUGUCAGCUCAAGAUACCGGAUCAUUUUUAUCCAUGACUUUUGCUUCGGCUCUCGUGCAAGCAAAGCGAGCCUUUGACAAAUUCAUGCAAAUGCAACAACAAUCUAUUCUCGAUACUAAAGUCAAUCGGCGAAACAAAUGUGGUAUUUUACCGUACGUCGAAAAUUUUGGUCCUUUUGCGAGGACAGCUGAAAAUAUCUUCAAAAAUUCCGAUAGAAAAGUAGAUUUGGAAAAAUGGUACACCAAGUUGAUAAGCACCAUGUUUGAGGCGAUCGUUGUUCACAGUACCGAACAUCAUAAGACGCCAACCGAAGUCAUAAAAAUGGAAAAUUUUCAUCACUUGCACGACCUUUUAUCUCAAUUAAAGAUUUCGGUUCUGGAUCACGAACGCAAGGAAGCAAAACAAAAAUAUCAAGACGCUCUAAGAGCUUAUGUUACCCGUUAUUUUGGAAGACCUUUAGAAAAAUUAAAUUUUUUCUUUGAUGGCAUCCAAGCGAAAGUUGGAGCUGGUGUAAAGGAGUCGGAAAUCAGCUAUCAAAUGGCUUUCAGUAGACAAGAGUUGAGAAAAGUAGUUAAGGAAUAUCCUGCCAGAGAAGUUAAAAAGGGUCUUGAAAAUUUAUACCGAAAAGUGGAAAAACAUUUGUGCGAAGAAGAAAACCUUUUGCAGGUCGUGUGGCGAGAAAUGCAGGGUGAAUUCAUCACCCAGUAUAAACAUAUCGAAGAGCUUAUUCAACGAUGUUACCCUGAUAGUAACGUUACUUUAGAAUUUUCCAUUCAAAAUAUAUUAGAAUUUUUCUCUGAAAUUGCGCAAUCUCAUUAACGGAUGAAGAUUUUAAUAAACAUAUAUUAAUCGUUAAUUAUUGAGCAUAAUUAUGAAAAUAAACGAUAUUUUUAUAACGUAAUUAAAACUUUUUUUUAAAAGAAUGUUAUGCUUGAUCAAUGCAUGAGAGCGCCAUCAU